UAGCACACCUGUGGAAAGGAGGAAGAAACAGGGGAAUUUAGGGUGCUGGCCAUGGCAGAGCUGCUUGCUGAGUGUGUUUGCACUUUUCUCUAGAAACGCUAACUGUUGCAGCAUCUGUAAUCGUCUUGUGGUUUACAUGGCACAAAGUGUUAAGGAGGCCGCUGAGGAGACGGGCAGCACGACGGACAGGAUGCCUCUGGACGUAGGAGACACCGGGUACGGCAGCGUGCCAGGCCCCGGGCUGUCAGGCAGUGUGGGCGGCUCAGAGACGGCGCCGCUGCUCAUCCCGGAGCCUGAACCGGAACCGGUUCAGCAGUGGCAGCCAUUGACCAAGGAGCAGCUGGAAGUCGUGGCGGGGGGUCCGGGCUGGAGGAGAGUGCGUUGUUACAUGGUGUUGCUGUUCUGGCUGGCUUGGGUGGGCAUGCUCGCCACCUCCAUCGCCAUCAUUGCGAUAAGCCCCCGGCCGGUCGUAACCCCGCUCAAGUGGUGGCAGAAGUCGCUGUUCUACCAGCUGCAGCCCGACCUGUUCAUGGAGGCGGAGGGGUCAGGGGGCAUAAAUGUGCUGUGUGAGCAGCUUCCCUACCUCAGGUCCCUGGGUAUAGGGGCUCUGAUCCUGGAGGGUCUGUUUGUUAAAGACGUGUCUCCAUCAAACCUUACUGCGACUGGUGAAAGCUUGGGGACGUUGCCUCAGAUCCAACAUCUGCUCACAGAGAGCAACAAAGCAGGUCUCAAAGUGGUGUUGGACUUCUGUGAAGUGGAUCUAGACGUAGCAGGAAACGAGCCAUCAUCAGCCAAACUGCAGCAUACCUUGCGGUUCUGGUUGGAGCAGGGUGUGGCGGGUUUUGCAAUCUGCGAUACAGAUGCAGCAUAUUCAGAAAAGACUCUGCUGGAGUGGAGAGACGUCUUCAGGGAAUUUAGCAGUCAGGAGGAGGAAAGGAUUGUGGUGGUGAAACAAACGCAAGAAGUCCCACGUCCUCUGAACAACUCCAGCCAGAUUAACAAGACACUGGUGGAUGUGGUCAUGAGGUCAAUUCUGCCAUCUUCACAUCACCUCCUGUCUGCCCAGGAAGUUGCAGAUGCUAUAGAGACACACUUGCAGACAAGAGAAGAUGAGAUAUGGCCCAGUUGGACAGUUGGAGGAAAAGCAUCUCCUGACUUGAAGAAAUUACUCCUGGUGUUGAUGAUGACUCUGCCAGGAUCACCUGCAGUCCAGUAUGAUGAGGACUUCGACCAAACACAGAAUGUGUCUCUGAAUGUUGGCUCGUCUCAUGGAGAGAAGAAUGAACCAUCAGACGCAAAUACAGACAAGAAGGUGAAGCGUUCAACUGUAGCUCUCUUUACCUCCCUCAGUCACUCCAGAGCCAGAGAAGAAGCUCUUCUGUACGGCAGCUUCACCUUCCUCCCCUUCAACACCUCAGCCAACUCCUCUUCCUCCUCCAACUCCACUCUUGCUUCUCCUGCACCUCUCACGAUCCUGGCCUUCCUGCGCUCCUGGGGUUGUGUCCACUUCCUCAUUCUGCUCAAUGUCGGGCCUGAACUUCACGCUCUGGAUCCUGCCUGGGCCCCGAGCCUGCCCGAGGCUGGAGUGUUUGUGGCCAGCACAGGAAUGGAUCGCCUCGGUUCGACAUCUCUGUACACGCUGGAACUGCGGCCCCACGAAGCUAUCGUCAUCAAACUGUUUGAGGCAGGAAGCUACUCGUAGAGCUUCUCUGUUGUCAGUUGUGUGGAGAUUUAGGUGCUGGGGUUUCAGAAUGACAAGUAUCUGACACGUGUUUUUUUUUUUUAAGUUCUGAUCUGUAUACGCUCAGAUGUCACUAAAAAUAAAACGAUGAAUUUGUGUUGUGUGUGUGGCAUCAUUUGUUGUCAGGAUAUAUUCCCUUUAACCUUCUGGAGUCUGUUUAGGGGAAAACACUGAGCAUGGUUUAUUUCUGGUAACAUAGCAUUAACAUAACUUUAUAUAUCAGGUAGAGAUAUGAUGAGGAAACCAGUUGAAAUUGUUUUUGCAUUUGUGUUA